GUCAGGCUCAACAGCUGGGUGGAACUCCGACACAAAAAAAAAAAAAAAAAAAAAAGUUGCUUCAAUGACAUUUUCUACAAGGAUGGCAGCUUGACUGUGAGACAGGCUAACCGUUGUAUUAAGUGCUCGUUAUCACCGCAGUGCCAUGGAUUUUAACGUUAAGCGGUUAGCCGCAGACGCCGGUACCUUCCUGAGCCGCGCGGUACAAUUUACAGAAGAGAAAUUUGGCCAGGCCGAGAAGACAGAGUUGGAUGCCCAUUUGGAGAACCUCUUGGUCAGAGCUGAAAACACCAAACAAUGGACAGAGAGGAUUAUGAAGCAGACAGAAGUCUUACUACAGCCCAACCCAAAUGUCCGACUAGAAGAAUUUGUGUAUGAGAAGCUGGAGAAAAAAGCCCCGACACGAAUGAACAACCAUGAGCUGCUGGGCCAGACCAUGAUCGAAUCAGGAGGUGAAUUUGGUCCUGGAACCGCCUAUGGGAACGCGCUGAUAAAAUGUGGUGAGACUGAGAAGCAGAUUGGCGGGGCGGAGCGGGAGUUAAUCCAGAGUUCUGCCAUCAACUUCCUGACACCUUUCAGGAACUUUCUGGAGGGCGAUUUUAAAACCAUCCUGAAAGAACGGAAGCUGCUGCAAGUGAAACGUUUGGACCUGGAUGCAGCCAAAACCCGACUAAAGAAAGCCAGGAUGGCUGAUGCAAGAGCUGCAGCAGAGCAGGAACUGAGGAUGACCCAGAGUGAGUUUGACCGUCAGGCAGAGAUCACCAGACUGCUGUUGGAAGGCGUCAGCAGCACUCAUGCACACCACCUACGCUGUCUGAAUGACUUUGUGGAGGCGCAGACUACGUACUACGCACAGUGUUACCAGUACAUGGUGGACCUCCAAAAGCAGCUGGGCAGCUUCCCCUCAUCAUUCUCCAACAACAACCAAUCGUCGGUGUCUGGCGGGGCCAGCAUCUCUGUGCCCACUAUCCCAGUGUCGGCCUCCCUGCCCAGUGUGUCUGCGGGCAGUUCAACGGCAUCUGGCGGAUUCAACGAAUUGCGUAGCUCCAACGGCAGCCGCAAAGCCCGAGUGCUUUACGACUACGACGCUGCCAGCAGCAGCGAGCUUUCCCUGCUGGCUGAUGAGGUGAUCACAGUCAGCAGCGUCCCAGGCAUGGAUUCAGACUGGCUGAUGGGUGAGCGAGGCAACCAGAAGGGCAAAGUGCCAAUCACUUACCUGGAGCUGCUUAACUGAGAGCUGCAAACGCCCUCCACCCUACCCCACCCAGCCCUCUGUAACCAGCUGUGAUCUCAUAUUUAUAUUGUGUUGCAGGGACAGGCCUCACUUUCUCUUCCAUUCAGUCAUUUUCAAAUGAGUUUUAUUUCUAUGAAAAGGAGUCUCACUUUUAGCAGACUUGAGCUGGAAACGAAUACAUUUGAGUGAAGGGGAAAGGAAAAUGGACCCCCGCGAUCCCUGACGUGUUUGUAUGCAACUGCAGUACAUUUUCUAAAAGCCGCUUCCAUGCCUUUUGUGUUUGAUGCCAUGCAAUCUGCAAUACGUGCCAGAACAUUUCCCAAACUAAGUAUCAAAAAAAAAAGAAAAAAAAAAGUUUGUGUUUACAACAUAUAUCUCAGAUGGUGAUCUAAAUGCUUACAGUAGACACUUUUUUUUUUAAAUUACAAAGAUGCACUUCAGCUUGAAGCGGAGAGUGACGCCGAUUAUUUUGAAGACAUAUUUUAUCACUGAUAAUCUUAUGGUGCAGUACCUGUUGGUUAACCUCAGUAUGAAUCCUUUUUUUUUUUAAACGUGUCGUGUGUUAGCUUUAUUCAUAUGGAGCCUUUCUGGACGGUGACUUAAAGACAGUUCCAGUGCGUUUGAUUAAUGAGCGAGUCAGAAUGAGAGAGAGUUGUAACCCGCUGAUAGCCGAGCAGGGUAUUAAACUCACAUGCCAGACAUCAUUAAGUGCCUAUUACAGUGAUUCUGAAAACUUUUGCCCUUUUUAUAGCUACAUCAGCAGUAUUGAGACUGAGUCAGUCCAGUCUCUCCUCGUAGUAUUUAACCCUAAUAAGUUACUUACAAUUUAAGCCCAGCAGAGGUUUAUCAACCAGAGGGCAGCUGUCCUCUCUGAUUAAAUUAUUAAUUUGUGUAUUAAUUAAUACACAAUUUCUGAUCUUUAUUGUCUCUGGUGUUGGUUGACUUGAUGUUUACUUUGAAAAAAAAGUAAAGACAUUCUUUUUUUAUGAAUAUGUCUCGACAGAUUCCCCUAAACCUGCAUUUCAACUCCACAUUGGAAAAAAAAAAGUCUUGUUAUGUUCUGGGAGAUUAAAGUAUAUUAUUACAUGGCUGCUUUUUGUUUUGUGUGUAACUGAUAAGAUAGCAUACAAUUGUAAGAUAAAUAUACAAUAUGAUGCAUUAAAAUAAGAAAAUACCA